CACGCGUUCUCGCUGAUAGUGGAGUGUGGUUUAUAAACCUCUACCGGCUGUGCUAUUGAUCCUGUCAAAUGUGCCCUUGAAAAUAAACCAAUUGAAUGUGGAUCAAUAGUGGCGAAGUUUUAUGAACUCGUAAUUAACUAAAAGAAGAGUUUCGCUCAAAUGCGACCUUUCUCUUAACGUGAAUCAAUGAAGUUAACACUAGUGUUGUACGCGUCAAAUGAAAACAAGAGAUUAAACCGAUUACGCCAAGGGUGACGUACCAAACAGUGAGCGAAAAUUAGUAAUUAACAAUGGAUAAAAUUUUUCAAGAGUUUGUGACUUGAAUGGAAAAUACUCUGUUCCAGAUAGCGUUUAUUCGAUGAAAACAAUGCACGAAGUUUUAAUGAAAGUGUGAACGAACAUCAAGCAAAAGCAUGGCCCUCCGGCCAGCCAGCAAUGGAUUUCAUACGCAUGGACACCUGUCACUGUGAGCUCUCUACCCAGUUCGGCUCUUGUGUGCUCCUAUGGUAAACACCUGAGUUAGUUCAGUCACCAACAAUGUGAUUGGAAUAAUUGGGAAGAGGAAGGAUCCGAAAUUUCACGCCUGGAAUGAAACUGUUUGUCGCAACCAAAUAAUAACCCCUGUGGAAAGGAAAGUAGCUGAAGUUACGGUGUAGUAUCGUGCAUGCCGGAACGCUUAAAAAAGUCGGGAAGAGGAAAGCGAACAUACCUACUUAAAAUUCGAAUGACCGAUACGUGCGACUAGAUGACACUGCCUUCGACAUCAUUGGUGUGGCCAUUCAGUAACCGAAAGCGGAGUGCUUCGAAUGGAAUUAUGGCUCAGUUUAGUUGCCGUGAUUCUAAGCACCGAAGUGCACCUGUCGGGCUAGCGAUGGGCGAAAGUGGAGUCAAAUAGUAGUACUAGUGAUUGGGUUUUGUUUGAUUCGUGAUGAGAGAAUAGUUAGUGACCAAACAAACUUGUGUUAUGGGUUCAAUGUAAAUAUCGAUUGUGACACUUGUGAUUGGUGCGUAAAACGAUAUCAGUUAAUGAAGGUGUAUGUAAACUGUAGUGCGAAAUGUCGUUCUGAUAAGCGUAGCUGAUGAUGGCGAAUGCGGUAAUUCAGUUUAGUCGCAGGAUGUCACAACUAAGACUGAUUGUUUUGAUGGUUUUGCUACUGUCUCUAGAAGAGGGCAACGCCAUCUCAGUUGUCGCUCGCGAGUCACGCAGCAGUUUCACUGUAGGCUCCUGUACAUGGGUAAUUGAGCGGGCGUGCCCGGAUGAAGACGUUAAAUUCUAUUUAUACACUCGAUCUAAUCCCGAAGAUCGCCAGUACGUACAUAUCGACGAAACUCUGGAGAAAUCAAAUCUCAGCUCGUCAUACUUUAACCCAUCAUUCCCAACGAAAGUUAUCAUCCACGGUUAUAAUGCGGAUAUGUUCCUGGCGCCUUUGAUUAACAUGAAAGGAGAAUAUCUUAAUCGAGACAGUUACAAUUUGUUCUACGUCGAUUGGAGCUUACUGGGACCAGGUCCAUGUUAUCCGUCCGCAGUCCAUAACACCAAGCAUGUGGGAACAUGUAUAGCCCAACUGGUUCAGCGUCUUCUAGAUUCUGGUACAGACAAUAUCCACCUUAUUGGAUUUUCCCUGGGAGCACAAGUGACUAACUACGUAGCGGUUAAACUGCGACCAUUUAAAUUAAAAAGAAUAAGCGGACUGGACCCGGCACUACCCCUCUUUAUUACUUCCGGAAUCGACGAUAAGCUUGAUCCCACGGACGCGGCAUUCGUAGACGUCAUUCAUACAAACGCACUUGUUCAGGGUAAAAUUGAGCGCUGUGGGCAUGUGGAUUUUUAUAUGAACGGUGGAAUCAUCCAACCGGGAUGUUGGUCUAUUGGUCAAAAUCCAAUGGCGUGCAGUCAUCAUCGAGCGCCAGACUACUUCGCUGAAUCUAUACGAAGUCUGACAGGAUUCUGGGGCUGGAAAUGUGAUAGUUAUAUCUAUUACUUGUUGGGUUUUUGCCCGCAUAACAACUUCCAGGUUAUGGCUGGCGAAGACUGUAUGACAGGAACUACUGGGAUGUUCAUGAUCUCUACCAAUUCGGAUUCCCCUUACGCUAUAGGUCGAUGGACUGACACUACAGGUUUACAGAAGAAGGAUCACGUACUCAACAAGUUUGGACUAAAUCGAGAUCCAUUCAUAAACGAUAUUGAUCAAUGGGGUAAACUUGAUGGGAGCUUCAAUAAUGUGGAACAGUUUCCAACGCCGUACUCUCAAGAUCCAAAUAAUGCCAACAGUGAUGAUUGGCCCUAUUUUAACCAUGUAGGAACAAACAAACUAACCAAAGAGUAUAUUAGAAAAAUUUUAGAACAAGAUAGGAACAAAUUCGAAACUUCUCCAAAGGAGAAGCAAAGCAUUCCUAACCAAAACGGAAUGAAAAACAAUGUUGAUUAUAAAAACAGUCUGACGGAUUUUAGAAAAAGACUUCAACUGAAAGAAGCCAGUGUUAUGGAGCACUACACAAUACCAGUUUUAAGCUCGCAUUAUUUCCCUUCGAUUCUUGAAAAAGAAAGUAUGAAAGUGUUGGAUAUCGUAAAAGUGAAAAUUUUUCUAGCUUCACUAAUAGUUUUUCCAGUGAAGUGUGACAUGGAACAGAUGAGAAGUAUUGAUCCAAACUAUGGAGUUACCUGGAUGUUCCUGCCGGAUGAUCAGGGUAUGCCGCACAUUGUAGAUCUGACGACACCCAACGAUACCUCGGCGGAACGGGCCGGUACCAACUGUAAUGACGAUGUCACAUUCUAUUUGCAUAGGCAAAACACCAAACAGAACCCGAAAUCAUUCAAAUAUAUAAACGAUCCUGCCGCUCCAUUGAAACUGGAUUUAUCUUACGAUCCUAGUUUACCAACCAAAUUUGUCAUUCAUGGUUGGCGCAAUUCAAUUAGUAGUCCCGUCAGCCAAUUAAUAAAGGAAGCGUAUCUGAAACAAAAUGAUAUGAAUGUGUUUGUCGUUGAUUGGAGUCCGCUGGCUCAUGACACCUUCUACUUCAAGUCGGCUUCAGCUACACGCGACGUAGGCCGACACGUAGGGGCACUGAUUGAUCGAAUGGUAGCGGAAAGAGGAACUGAUCUCAGCUCGAUUCACAUCAUAGGACAUAGUUUAGGAGCCCACACUUCAGGGUUUGCUGGAAGUUUUGUUCGGUCGGGAAAGGUGGCUCGGGUAACGGGACUUGAUCCUGCCCUUCCGGGAUUUCAAGAUCAACAACCAGAUAAACUGAUUGAUCCUAGCGAUGCUCGCUUCGUUGAUAUUAUUCACACUUGCGCCGGUAUGUUGGGACAUGAUAAAAAUCUCGGCCAUGUAGAUUUCUAUCCCAACGGCGGACGGGCCAACCAACCCGGAUGCGGCGGAAUGAACGACUUUACCGGUGCUUGCAGUCACGGUCGAUCAUACGAGUACUACGCAGAAUCUAUCGUCACUAGAAAUGCAUUCAUGGCAUAUCCUUGCGAAGAUUUGAACCAGUAUAAACGCAACAACUGCCGUUCGGGAGCUGUUCCAAUGGGCGAUGCUGUUCCAAUUGAAGCACGAGGUGUUCACUUCCUAGAAACCAACGCAGAACCAAGGUUCGGAAGAGGACUCAGUAGGUGAUAUUUUCAUGCACAGUGUUCCAGUAUUGUAUGAAUAAUAUUCAGUAAAUAAAAUAUAAUCAACAAA